CGGGCAGCAGCAGUUCUUUAUCGACGUCCACCGUGAGCAGAAGGAUGCAUCGUGUGACCGUGUUGCUACUCUGUGCUUUGUGCAGCACUCUAGAGGGGAUGUGUGAUGGCGCCAAAAGUGCGGUAGCCUUUAACUGUGCCUCCACCAGCUCCAUUUGCUUCAUCAGUGGAAUGGUCUUUAAGAAUCCUGACGACACCCUAACGCUGGCCAAUAUAGAGGGCAAGCGUAGUCUAUCCAUUAAGACUGGCGAGAUAACGGCGUUAAGGAUGGAGCACUGCGAAGGCUUCCGGACAUUCGAAAAAGUCACCAUCGGCCACACCGAGCUGCAGGAGUUGUGCAUUACCAGCCAGUUCGUACAGGUGAUGGCCGAGGGCAAUCGGAUCCGGACGCUGCACACCGAUGCUCCGACCGGAGGGCAGAAGCUGGAGAUACUGAAGCUUAGCAACAAUAAGCUCUCGGAUGCUGGGGCCCUGUGCCAAUUCAAAGCACUCAAAGAGCUACACCUUGAGAACAACCAGCUGUCCACGUUGGACAUGGCAUGCUUUUCCCAGAUGUCGAAGCUCCAGAAACUGUUGCUCGCCGGCAAUCGUCUUAACCAUCUGGCCAUAACGAGCAGCACGCUAGAGCUGCCCGCUCUGACUACACUCGAUCUGCGCAACAACACGCUGACGGUGCUGGAUGUGAGUAGUUGGACGUUCGAUUCGCUGGCCACGUUGCAGCUUGCAUUCAACAAUCUGACGCACGUGACGGCAGACAUGGCACGGUUCGUCGAUUUGCAAGAGAUAUCACUGUCCAACAACAAUUGGCACUGCGAACCGCUCGAUGCGCUCCUCACGGCGCUGCAGACGAACUUUGUCAAAAUAGUCGACGGUGAUAGUGAGUGUCAGGGCAUCAAUAAUAGCACCAUCUGCUGCAGGGAGGUAGUGCUUGCGACGGAAGGGGAGCUGUUUGGAGAGCUGGCUAAGUUCACGGAGCUCGAGCAACGUUACAGCGACACGAACAGUAGCUUGCUAGCGCGGCUUGAUGCAAUCGAAGCGGAAUUUCAAGCACAACUGGAUGCCACCAAGCAAAUCAUCCUAAAGGCGGCCGAACCGGAGCAUCCUGAACCCGACAAUGAAGGUUCCGGUGACAACGAGGAGAAACAACAAGGAGAAACAACAAGUAAUGUGACAGAGACCACCGGUUCCCCAGCGGACGGCACAGCCGGGGAAGAUGCCGAAAGUAUCACGAAACCACCGACAGAAGCAGCAGCGAAAGAAGCUGCCAGCAAGGAGAAAAAGUGUAAACCCCAGAAACCGAUGGAUGCUCCCGAUGUUAACUGCACCACAAAUUUGGAAGAAAUUCGGCGCGAGCUUCAUACUUUGAAGGAGGAAAUCAAUCCACUGCUAGCAAAGUCUCGUACCGAGUAUCAGCAGCUCUCCUUGACGACAAAGUUGAUUAAGCACGAGUUCCGAACUGCGGUGCACCGGGGUGCACUGAAGUUGAAAGCCUUGGCUAAUCAGUUGAAUGAGCUGCAUCUGUACAUGAAGUCAAAGUUUGAUAGUGUGAAAUAAAAAAAAAAACGGCAACUAGACAACAUUA